ACUAGAACUGCGGGGUCAACGCCAGUGGCUCGCAGGCCGUCCAAUGGGAGAAGACAUUGGAGGUACCCGGCCAAGUUCAGCUUCCUGAAGUGCGGGGAGCUUGGCGGGCGGUCGCUGCAAGCCGGGCGUAGGCCGCAGAGGUCGCGAGUUCAGGCGUCCCGGCUCCCGUGUGACUGUCGUGAUGUUUUUCUCCCAGGCCGGGGCCCGGCCGCGGAUGUGGGAAGCCAGCCCGUCAGAACACAAGAAGUGGGUGGAAGUAUUUAAAGCAUGCGAUGAAGAAAACAAAGGCUGUCUAAGCAGAGAGAACUUUAAAGUUGCUGUUGUAAUGCUGUUUGGAUACAAGCCCUCCAAGAUAGAAGCUGAUGCUGUGAUGUCCUCAGUAGAUCCAAACACUUCCGAUCGUGGAUAUUUAACUCUGGAAGAUUUCAAAAAAGCAUUUAAGCAGGUGGCUCCCAAGUUAUCGGAAAGGAUUGUUCUCGAGGUAUUCAGACACGUGUCGGUCUUCCCUGGUGGCACAGUGAUUAAGAAUCUGCCUGCCAAUGCAGGGGACACGGAUUCGAGCCCUGGUCUGGGAAGAUCCCACAUGCCGCGGAGCAACUAAGCCCGUGCGCCACAACUACUGAGCCUGUGCUCUAGAGCCCACGAGCCACAGCUACUGAGCCUGUGCACCACAACUACUGAAGCCGGCGUGCUUAGAGCCUGUGCUCCACAACAGGAGAAGCCACCGCAAUGAGAAGCCCGUGCACCACAACGAAGAGUAGCCCCCACUCACCGCAACUAGAGAAAGCCCGUGCACAGCAAUGAAGACCUAAUGCAGCCAAAAAUAAAUAAAUUAAAUAAAUUAAAAAAAAAAAAAAAGGACAAGUGUCCAAAUUUGCUGACCGUUUUGUGUUAAGUGGUUUCAGGAGAUGCCCCUUUGUACCACAUGUGUAAUUUUGAAAAAUCCACUUAAAUAUAGCCGUUCAAGGUAGAAGCAGUCUUUUAACAGUGAGUGGAAAAGUAACUGCUUCUCAAAAGAAACCUACAUUAUUGGGAGAACAUUUCUGAAAAUAGAUAUUUGGAAAUGUGAUUCUGUUUUAAAAAAUGUGUACACCUAUUGAAACCUUCAUACCUGCAUGUUUAAUAAGUUAAAAAUGGAAUGUUCUAAUCUGGUGAGAAAAGUCGUUCAGUGGUUUAAGAAAAAAAAAAAAAGAAAAUGGUCAUGAAGAACCUAGGGGCAAGACGGGAAUAAAGACACAGACCUACUAGAGAAUGGACUUGAGAAUAUGGGGAGGGGGAAGGGUAAGCUGUGACAAAGUGAGAGAGUAGCAUGGACAUAUAUACACUACCAAACGUAAAAUAGAUAGCUAGUGGGAAGCAGCUGCAUAGCACAGGGAGAUCAGCUGGGUGCUCUG